AUGUUCUCACGUGUUGCUGCAGUGAAGGCACCCCGCACACACAACCGUCGCCGCGUGACCGGAUCCAGCGGGAGGAAGAGGGAAGGAAGAGAGAGUGAGCCGCAGAGGCCCAACAUGUCCCGGCGUGUGUUUGCUUCCGCGGCGCUGCUCCUCCUCGUCAUGAUGAUGUUCUGCGGCAGUGGAGCUGCGUCCGCUGGUAAGGAGUCAAGGUCAGGAAAGGGAUCGGAAACGGAGAAAUAUUUUGAUUGGAGAGAUACAAAAGAUGGGGAAGCAGUGAGUUCGCUCCGUGUUCCCAGUCUUGUUGAGAUGAACGGUGAUGUGUUUGCCGUUGCCGAGGCGCAGUUGAAGGAUGAAAGCGGCUUUACUGGGAUUGCCUCGGAGCUCUUGACGUUAACUGGCCAGGAAUUAAAAGAAUUGGUUACAGAUCGAGUGAAGACACAAGUACUGGUGGAAUGUCCAUCCGACAAAAAGAAUUGUGCCUCCCAUUCAGAAGUUUCGGCUGGUUCUCAGAGUGAGAAGAAAGUACAUGUGAGCCGACCAACAACAGUCGUGCAGGGAAGUGAUAUUUACAUGUUUGCUGGAAGCUACAGUUUUGAAGUUACUCAUCAGACCUCUUCUGAGGCUCAAUGGGGACUUUUGCUGGCGAGGGGCAACGUCAGUAAUGAUGCGAUCAGAGGCAACCGAAUUUAUUGGAGCGACGCUUACGUUAUCCCGUGGAUCCAUUUUGAAACACAACACAAAUCCUUGACAGGGCUGAUUGGCAGCGGCGGAUCGGGUGUUCGGAUGAAGGACGGUACGC